AUGGCCGAAAGGAGUGUUUCUUCCAUAGCUUUACCAUUGCUAAUCAUUUACAUCAUUUCAAUCUUCGUGGUUUCUAUUACUUGUUUUCAAGAAGAGCGAUCAUUAUACUUAGUCUUAUUGGAAGGAGACGCGGUUGCUUUCCAUGAAGGUUCAUGGGACGAACAUUCAUCAAGAAUUGACCCCAACAGCGAAGCCUCUAAGGCGCAUGCAAAGAACUUGUUGGCAUCUCACGAUCUACUUCUGCAAAGCGCUUUAGAGAAUGGAAGCUACAAUAAACUCCACAGUUUCAAACACCUCAUUAAUGGCUUUUCCGUCCACACAACCCAUUCCCAGGCUAAAAGACUGAAAGGUGUCCCAGGGGUGAAGUUGGUAGAGAAAGACAGAGGAGCGAAAGUGAUGACAACGUACACUCCUGAGUUUCUAAGUUUACCAACAGGAAUAUGGGCGCAGGAAGGAGGAGACAGAAACGCAGGUGAUGGAGUUGUCAUUGGUUUUGUCGAUAGCGGUAUCAAUCCACUUCAUCCAAGCUUUGCUUAUGAUCCCAUGCAACCUUUCACAUCAAAUCUCUCUCAUUUUGAGGGUGCCUGUGAGAGUGGUCCACUCUUCCCAGCUAGUUCUUGCAAUGGAAAGAUAGUUUCAGCGAGGUACUUCUCAGCUGGGGCUGAAGCUGUUGCUACCCUUAAUGCUUCAGUGGAUUUUCUUUCACCAUUUGAUGCAGAGGGACAUGGCAGUCACGUGGCAUCUACUGCUGCUGGAAAUGCUGGUGUUCCUGUUGUUGUGAACGGUUUUUUCCAUGGUCUAGCAAGCGGAAUGGCACCGCGUGCAAGGAUUGCUGUUUAUAAGGCUGUCUAUCCAUCCGUGGGAACUCUGGCAGAUGUUAUUGCAGCUAUCGAUCAGGCCGUCCAGGAUGGGGUGGAUAUCUUAACACUCUCAGUUGGACCUGAUGAACCGCCAAAAGACACAUUAACCUUCUUCAGCCUGUUUGAUAUUUCACUAUUAUUUGCACGAAAAGCAGGAGUUUUUGUGGUGCAAGCUGCAGGGAAUAAGGGUCCAUCACCUUCAACUUUAGUGUCAUUCAGUCCCUGGAGUGUGAGUGUUGCUGCCUGCAGCACAGACAGAAGGUACCCUGCUUCACUUCUUCUUGGAAAUGGCCAAAUACUAAAUGGCGUGGGAAUGUCAGGACCAAGUUUUGGAAAUGGAUCAGUUUUGCAUAAGCUCGUAUUAGCUAAGGAUGCAGUAAAAACAAACGGAACAUUCCCUAGGACUCCAGAGUACAUAGACGAGUGCCAACAUCCUGAAGUUUUGGACCCUCACAUAGUGUUAGAAAGUGUCAUUAUCUGCACUUUCUCAGCGGGCUUCUAUAAUGGAACCUCAACACUCGCUGCCAUUAUUGACACAUCAAAGGCUCUAGGAUUCAUGGGUUUUAUUCUAGCUGCGAACCCAAGCUAUGGUGAUUAUAUUGCACAACCAAUACCUUUUUCUGUUUCUGGUAUUAUGAUCCCUAGUGUGGCUGAUGCCAAGGUGAUAUCACAGUAUUAUGAAGAACAAACCAAGAGGGAUGAGAGAGGAACUGCCACAGAAUUUGGUGCUAGGGCAGGUGUCGGGGAAGGAAGAUUUGCUUCUUUCACAGGGCGAUCUCCCGUAGUCAGUAGAUUUUCUUCAAGGGGUCCAGAUAUCAUUGACAUGAACAGAAACCUUGCUGAUGUACUUAAACCUGAUAUUCUUGCUCCAGGGCAUCAAAUAUGGGCAGCCUGGAGCCCCAUGAGUGCCUUACAACCCAUGCUAAAAGGGCACAAUUUUGCAUUAUUAUCUGGUACCAGCAUGGCCACACCUCAUGUGGCUGGAAUCGCAGCACUUAUUAAGCAAUAUAAUCCAUUAUGGACUCCAUCCAUGAUAGCAUCUGCAAUCACCACAACUAGCACAAAGUAUGAUAAUCUUGGAGAGCAUAUGAUGGCUGAAGGCUUUGAGAUCAACGGCUUGCAUCCCGCCACUCCUUUUGAAUAUGGGGCAGGCAUUGUGAAUCCUAAGGGUGCAAAUGAUCCAGGCUUGGUACUAUCAUCAGGAUAUGCAAAUUUCAUCAGCUUCUUGUGCUCUUUGCCAAACAUAGAUGCGACUACAAUAAUUGAAGCCACUGGAGAACAGUGCAAUAACGCGUUUGCCUAUCCAUCCGAUCUAAACCUUCCUUCAGUAACAAUAUCUGCACUGAGAGGAUCAGUUUGUGUGCGACGAACUGUCAUGAAUGUGGGGAACCACACAGAGACAUUCUUAGGCUCUGUUCUACCUCCUAAUGGAACUACAGUCAACCUGUAUCCAACUUGGUUUACCAUAAGUCCACAAGGAACACAACAUCUGGAAAUACAACUCAGUGUCAUCCAACCAAUGGAGAAUUUCAGCUUUGGUGAAAUUGUUUUGAUAGGAAAUUUGAACCACAUUGUAAGAAUAACAUUGUCAGUUUUACCAGUUUCGGUAUAUUGA